AUGAUGACUGAUUUCAAGCUUUGCACCCCAGCAGUGACCCUCGAAACGCUUUCCAGCAUUAGUGAGAACCCCAUCAGACAAACCUAGAGAAAACUGCUGUUUCACAGAGCGCUCUCAACACGCCUUGAUAAUCUACGAAGUAAGCAGAUAAACAGCGAAGUGUCAUUCAUAAAGUGUUUAAUAUUGUCAGUGUGAGACCGUUCAUUGUUAUGAGACACGUUUGUUGAUAGCGCGCCGUUAACAGUGCUUUCAGCGCGGUUUCUGCAGUUUGAAUUUGGUCUCAACCCGCACCGUUGAGCGUCUGAUGACGCGGCGGCGUCUGAUUGGGUGUCCGCGGUCACGUGUCAGUGUGGGUCUGAUGAGCGGCCAUAUUAGUUCAGUUCAGUUCAUUCUUUCACGCGGCCGGACUCCGAGUAAGACACACUCUCUCUCUCACACACUCAUUUGUACGCUCUUUACUUCAUAGUUUACUGUUAUAUUGAUGCAGGACGCUGCAGCGUUUAAAGCAGAUCUGUUAGAGUUACACUCUGUUCGCUCGGUGCUUGGUUUCUAUACUUGAUCAGUCAGAAGGUAAAUGGUUUUUGUCCUGUUCAUAAUCAGCAGCGUUGAUUGAGUUGAUCAGAUGUUUAUGAUUAAGUCCUCGUCUGCUGAAGAAGGAGCAUCCGCUCGUGAUUAACUGAACCCUGUUUCCCUCUCAGUCGAGCUGCAGAAUGGCGAGCACUCCGGCCGGGCAGCAGCCGUUGUCCCGCGGCGGCAGCACUCCUCUGAGCCCCGCGCGGAUCUCCCGCCUGCAGGAGAAGCAGGAGCUGCAGCAGCUCAACGACCGGCUGGCCGCCUACAUCGACACGGUCCGCGGUCUGGAGUCCGAGAACAGCGUCCUGCAGCUGCAGAUCAGCGAGCGCGAGGAGCUGCGGAGCCGCGAGAUCAGCGGCCUCAAAGCGCUCUACGAGACCGAGCUGGCGGACGCGCGCACGGCGCUGGAUGACACGGCGCGGGAGCGCGCACGCCUGCAGCUCGCGCUGGGCCAGAUAACGAGCGAGCACGAGCAGCUGCAGCACACGUAUGCCAAGAAGGACGCUGACCUCUCCAGCUCUCAGGCCCGACUGAAGGAAGCUGAAGCCCUGCUGAACUGUAAAGAGGCGGCGCUGAACACCGCUGUGUCUGAGAGGAAGGCGCUGGAGAGCACGCUGACAGACCUGCAGCUUCACGUGCAGGAGCUGGAGGGAGGACGGAGCUCGGCUAAGAAGCAGCUGUCAGAUGAGACUCUGCUGCGUGUGGAUCUGGAGAACCGCUGCCAGAGCCUCAUGGAGGAGCUGGACUUCAGGAAGAACAUGUUUGAGGAGGAGAUCAAGGACACACGGCACAGACACGAGACGCGUCUGGUGGAGGUGGACUCGGGCCGUCAGAUGGACUACGAGUUCAAACUGGCUGCGGCGCUGGCUGACAUGAGACAGCAGCACGAUGAGCAGGUCCAGCUCUACAAGGACGAGAUGGAGCAGACCUACAUGGCCAAACUGGAGAACGUGCGUCUGUCGUCGGAGAUGAACAGCUCUUCAGCGAGUAUGGCCCGCGAGGAGCUGCACGAGUCCACGCUGAGAGUGGAGAGUCUGUCUGCUCAGCUCACUAACCUGCAGAAAGAGGCGCGUGCGUGGCAGGAUCAGAUCCGUGAACUGGAAGCGGCUCUGAGCCGCGAGAAGGAUCUGAGCCGCAGGUUACUGGCAGAGAAAGAGCGAGAGAUCGCAGAGAUCAGAGCCAAGAUGCAGCAGCAGCUGGACGAGUACGAGCAACUGCUGGAUGUCAAGCUAGCGCUGGACAUGGAGAUCAACGCGUACCGGAAGCUGCUGGAGGGAGAGGAGGAGAGGCUGAAGCUGUCUCCCAGCCCCUCGGCUCGUGUGACGGUGUCCCGGGCCUCCUCCAGCCGCAGCGUUCGCACCGCGCGAGGGAAGAGGAAGCGUGUGGAUGUGGAGGAGUCCGAGACCAGCAGCAGCAUCAGCAUUGCUCACUCCGCGUCUGCCACUGGAAGCGUCUGCAUCGAUGAGCUGGACGUGGACGGGAAAUUCAUCCGCUUGCACAACAGCUCUGAGCAGGAUCAACCCAUGGCAGGAUUUCAGCUGACCAGGACUAUCGGGGAUGUUUCUGCUACGUAUAAAUUCACUGCUAAAUACGUGCUGAAGGCUGGACAGAAAGUAACUAUCUGGGCGUCUAAUGCAGGCGUGAGCUCCAGCCCUCCUGCAGACCUGAUCUGGAAGAGCCAGAGCUCAUGGGGGAGCGGCGAGAACGUUAAAGUGCUUCUGCUGAGCCCAGGAGGAGAGGAAGUAGCUGUGAGGAGCACAGUGUUCAGGACUGCAGUGGAGGAGGAAGAUGAGGAAGAACAGGAAGCUGAAGUCAUUGAGGAGCGUUUCUUUCACCAGCAGGAGGAUCCUCGUACCGCCAAGAGAGGCUGUGCGAUCAUGUGAUCAACUCUACAGCCAAUCAGAGCAGGCAGCUGAACCACCAUAAAGCUUCCUGUGUGGUCUUUUCUGAGUGAAGUCUUUUCUCUUUUCUUUAUUUUGAAUUAUGCUUUUUAAAGUCUUUUUCACUUCAGUUUGUUUUCAGAUUUUGUGAAAUGUUUAUCAGCCUGAAUUUAAAGAACCAAAUGUUUUUCUUUUCAUGUGCAAGUUGUAACUGUGAGGACUCUUUUCUAGACUCGUCCACGUCAGAUUCUGUGACUAACCCUUUUUUUUUUUUUUUUAAAUCAUGUUUAUAUUAAUUUUAUAAGAUGGCAUUUUAGGUCUCUUUUAUAGACAGUUUUUAUAAUGGCUCAGUUUUUAGUGAGUUUAUUACAGACCGAUACAUUUGCAUGCUAGUUUGAAUGAUAUUAAAGUUUGUGAUUGUAUUUAAAGCAGCUGUUCAAAAGUAAUUCACUACAUGAU